AUGGUUGGCGUUUAUACCAUCACGAAACCAACCCCACUAAGCCAGGUGGAUGCUGGGUUGAAAAAAUAUAUAGACAGAGAUUUCAAAGAAAGGCAAUUUGAUUUACUGCUGCGGAGGGUACCCAGAGCUGUAUUUCAAGCAAUCAUAGGAUUCAAUCAGGUGCGAAACCUGUACGGCGUACUUGGAGGUCAAGAGAUGCAAGGUGGACUUGGGACCCGCGGUAUGUAUGAGGUUCACAAGAAGGAUGUGGUGACUCGAAGUAUCAUAAAAGCUACUGUAGUUUGCACCAAGAAAACAGAAAUUGAGAGUAUAGUUGAAGGUCUCGGAGCUAUUUGGAGAACUGAUGAAAUGCUCACAAAAAAUCAAAUAGAAAAAAAGCAAUAUCGUUUAAAAAAAUUCAACUUUUAUCUUACAGUAUUUUACUGGGGCUCCAUGGUUGCAUCUUAUCAAAACUUAUUUACUACAAUCUGUACUAUUUUAUUCAAACGUUUAGUUCUGCAACAGGAUCCAGAGUUAGAAUUCGCAUUUGGGAACGCUUAUCCGUACGAUUUUACAAAAAAUUGGUUCACGUACCUUUCAGUUUAUUCUUUUCAAUGUUUCUCAGUGCUACGAUUCAUUUACGUGUAUUUGGGUACUGAAUGUCUUAUGAUAACACUCUGUUCGCAACUAAGCACGGAUUUCGCUUUACUACAAGAAGAUUUAAAACGUUGUAAAAUAGUUGUAAACGAAAAUGGAAGUAAAAAGAAAUCACAACUUACUACCUCUGAAACUGAAACUACUGAAACGAGUAUUAAAGUAAUUUUAAGUCAUCACCAAAAAUUAAUCAGUCUUGUAAAAACAUUAAAUAUGAUAUUCAACCAACUAGUAUGCUCCGAUUUUGUUUUUGCUACUGUGCUUAUUUGUUUUUUUUGUUUCGGAGCUUCGGUUGCUCAGGAGACUACAGAAUUUUUGAAAAAUUUUAGUGCGGUACUGGCACUUAUGGGUCCUAUUUAUAUACUUUGUUACUACGCUGAACAAUUGCAGGAAGAGAGUGUUGGCAUUGCAAACGCUGCUUAUGAGACAUUAUGGUACGAGGGAGAUAAAACAUUCCAAAAAAAUAUUUUUUUAUUAAUUCUGAGAUCUCAAAGGGCAUGUUGUCUUACGUCCCUCAACUACGCACCCAUAAGUCUUAAUUCAUUUACGAAGAUUAUAAGUAAAUCGUAUUCUUAUUACUCCCUCAUAAAGACUAUGUACAUGGCACAAAAUACUGGAGAAUCACUUAAAUGUUUGGCAGCCACCAUAGCCAUAUUGUUACCAAUAUACAUGCUCUGUUUUUAUGCGCACCUACUCGAAGAAGAGAGUACAGGUAUCAUGAAUUCAGCCUACGAUACCUUAUGGUACAAUGGAAACCAACAAUUUCAGAAAAGUAUUUAUCUAACAAUCUUAAGAUCCCAAAAGCCCUGUAGUAUUAUGUCACUAAAUUAUGCAAGGAUUAGUCUCAGUUCAUUUACGAAGAUUGUAAGCACCUCGUAUUCUUAUUAUUCAUUGGUGAGGACCAUGUACGCUGAAAAAGCGUAG